GAUGCAAGUCGUAAUAUCAUAGCUAACAAGGGGUUUGGGAUAAAAAGAACAACUUCAGGCUUCUGGGGUGAAAGCACCAAGGGAAGUCUUAACGUAAGAUUUCCGAAUACUCAACCAUGCAAGAGUUUUAAGGCUGCAAGUUCUAAGUCUGGCAUUGCACGCGCUGUUUACUCUCCCGACCUCGACCAUGAGUCUCCGGCAUUGGAGCGAUCAGCUUUUCAGAGUUCAAAGGCAAACCCUGAAAAUGUAGCUGCCAUCAUAUUGGGUGGAGGUGCUGGAACUCGUCUCUUUCCUCUUACCCGCACAAGAGCCAAGCCCGCUGUUCCCAUUGGAGGGUGUUACAGACUGAUAGAUAUUCCUAUGAGCAAUUGCAUCAACAGUGGCAUCAGGAAAGUGUACGUUUUAACUCAGUUCAAUUCUUGCUCCCUCAAUGCCCACCUGUCUCGCACCUAUAAUAUUGGAAAUGGAGUGAACUUUGGANGUGGUUUUGUGGAGGUCUUGGCUGCUACUCAAACUCCUGGAGAAUCUGGGAGCAAAUGGUUCCAAGGAACAGCUGAUGCAGUGAGACGAUUUACCUGGGUUUUUGAGGAUGCCAAGAACAAGAAUAUUGAAAACAUAAUGAUAAUUUCUGGUGACCAUCUUUGCCNGAUGGACUAUAUGCAGCUUGUGGAGAAACACAGUGAGAACAAUGCUGAUAUCACAGUUUCAUGUGUACCUAUGGAUGAAAGCGGUGCAUCUGAUCAUGGGCUGAUGAAAGUUGAUAGAAGGGGAAUGAUUACAGAGUUUGUAGGUAAUCCAAAUGAAGUAGAUGUNAACACAAUGCGUGUUGAUACCAGUCUCCUAGGCUUAAGUGAAGAAGAAGCAGAGAAAUAUCCUUUCCUUUCUCCAAUGGGUGUUUUUGUAUUCAGAACUGANGUCCUGCUGAAANUGCUAAGGUGGAGCUGUCCUUCCUGCAAUGACUUAGAAUCUGAAAUCAUCCCAUCUUCUUUGANGNACCANAAAGUCCAAGCAUAUAUGUUCAAGAAUUACUGGAAAGAUAUUGGAACUAUCAAAUCCUUCUUUGAAGCCAAUCUGGCCCUAACAGAACAGUCUCCAAAAUUUGAAUUCUAUGAUCAGAAGAGGCCAUUCUUCACUUCCCCGAGAAACCUCCCACCCACUAGAGCAAUAAAAUGCAGGAUUGUGGAUGCAAUUAUUUCUCAUGGCUGUUACUUGGAUCAGUGUAAAGUUCAACAUUCUAUUGUUGGUUUGCGCUCACGUUUAGAGGCUGGUUCAGAGCUUCAGGUAAGCUUAUUCU